AGCUUGUUCCCUAUCAUGAGAUCGUUGUGGCUAUCGGUGGUACUCUUGCUGCAAUGCGUGUUUUCGCAGCCGUACGAGCCGACCCCUCUAGGCUAUGACUACGAUGCCUUAGAGCCUUACAUAGACGCUGAGACUAUGCGUGUACACCAUGUUGGACAUUACAAGGCGUAUGCGGAUAAGUUCUCAUCGGCUGCCCGUCAGCUCCGGUCCAUGCCGGAGUAUAAAUACCUGGCCAAACUGGGUGUAGAUGGUCUCCUUUCUAAGUUGGACGAAGUUCCUGUGGCGUUGAGGGAUAAAAUCAGGAACAAUGGCGGAGGGUACGUGAAUCACGAGCUCUAUUUCGCCAGCAUGUCCAAAGAUGGUGGAGGGGAGCCAGAAGGAGCUAUCAGAAGAGCUAUUGACCAAGAUUUCGGAUCGUUCUCGAAGUUCGUGUCCGGCUUCACGAGCCUCGCUGAGGGUCGCUUCGGAGCUGGAUGGGUUUGGCUAGUAGUGGAUACCUCUACGGAAGAUAAUACGUUGAAGAUUCUAUCGACCCAGAAUCAGGACACUCCACAGAUGGUCUCUCCUGAACUAGUCCCCUUGCUGGGAUUAGACGUUUGGGAGCAUGCUUACUAUCUCAAGUACAAGAACAAUAGAAGUGCACACAUCGACGCUUGGUGGAACGUUGUUGACUGGUCAGCGGUUAACGAGAGAUACAUCCAAGGAGGCUUCACUCACCUUGAUUCUGAUAUGUUACCGGACGGUGACUCCAGUGAGCGUGAGUUGUAAGAGUCACCAACACGAGUGGAUGAUUCUAUAUCUUUUUUCUA